AAAUGCGUGCCUGCCAUACAGACCUGACCAAGUAAACACCUGGUUUCGUGAGGCUGUAACUAGGCUUCCCUCAGCAGAACCAGAAGGCGUUCCACUCAGAGCAUACGUAGACAUGAUCAACCUCGUGAAGACCAGCGAUUUCAGAACUAUGCUCGCUGCCGUAGCAAAGCUAAGAACUAUACGCCUGGAGGACGGCGAAGAACUAUACUUCCACGCCACAGAUGCUCAGAGCGCUAAAAGUAUUCUCGAAAGCGGAAUCGACUUAACCAAAACAAGGAGCAGAGAAGAUUUCUCUAAUGGCUAUGGUUUUUAUGUAACCACUGAAUACGCAGAAGCAAUGAAAUGGGCAACUAGAAAAGGCGCUAAAUUUUGCCACAACACCGGAGCAGUAAUUGCGUUCAAAGUAAGCAGGCUUUUACAAAAGGAAAAGGAUCAUCUGUUUUUGGAAGUAAACACUGCCCAAGGUAGAAGAAAAUGGGAAAAAACUGUUUCUCAUUUUCGAAAUGGGGAAGCAUUUGAUGCUUUGUCGGUGCUGUUACAAAACGUAAAGUUCAUCAGAGGCCCGGUCAGCAAAAAUGCCUUUCUGCGUCCUGGGGAAACUCCCGUUCCGUACGACUUUACCCAGAUAUGUCUGUGUGACCAAGAGUAUGCUACACGGUAUGGAAGUCUAAGAAAUAUUUGUUUUGUAAUAUUUUUCAAAGUGGACUGA